AUGGAGGAAAAGAAAAAGAGGGGUUUGAAGGAGUGGUUCACAUCAUCACAGGUUCUACUGGGGAUGAUACUUGUGCAAGUUUUUGCAACUGGGAUGCAGCUACUAUUAAGGGUCAUCUUGGUUGAGGGUUCCUUCAUCUUUGCACUCAUUGCAUAUCGUCAUAUUGUUGCUGCAAUUUGUGUUGCACCUUUUGCUCUCUACUUUGAGAGGAUGACUAUGGCUCAAGGAUUAUUUUAUUUUGGGCUGAGAGACACUACAGCUACUUACUCCGCCAGCUUUCUCAACUUGGUUCCAAUAUGCACCUUCUUUACCUCAAUCAUAUUCAGAUUGGAGACAUUGGGGCUGCACACUUGGGCUGGUAGAGCUAAGUGUGGAGGAGCAAUUCUGAGUGUUGGGGGAGCAUUAGUUUCAAGUCUUUACAAAGGGAAAGGAUUUUAUCUUGGUCAUCAUAGUCAUCAUGCUCAAACUGCUGUUGCAGCACACCUUACUCACAUGCUACGAGGCACUUUCUUUUUGAUCUGCAGCUGUUUCUCAUUAACAGCUUGGUUUCUUGCACAAGCUCAAUUGUGUAAAGUAUUUCCAUUGAGGUAUUGGGGAACAAUGAUAUCAUGCGUUUUGGCAACAAUUGAAGCAGUAAUCAUAGGGGUUUGCAUAGAUUCCAGUAAAGCUGCUUGGAGAUUAGAGUGGAAUCUAGAACUGGUCACCAUAGUGUACUCUGGAGCACUGGCUUCUGCUGCUACAUUCUGCCUACUGUCUUGGGCAGUUGCAGUCAAAGGACCUUGUUAUCCUCCAAUGUUCAAUCCCCUGGUUCUUAUUUUUGUGGCCUUUUCCGAAGCUAUCCUACUUGGAGAACAACUAACCGUUGGAACGUUGCUGGGCAUGGUUUUGAUCAUGGUGGGGUUGUACUCCUUCUUGUGGGGAAAAAGCAAUGAGACAAAGAGCACGGCUCAGCAACCAAUUGAAGCAGCAGCAGAAGUAUCAAACAUGACUGAUUUGAUUGCCGCGGCGGAAUCAGCUGCUACAGUAGUGCCAAGUUCUUCUCCAGUAAACAUAGUAGAUUUUAAACUUGAGAUGCCUGACAAAAACUGA